UCUGCCAUUUUCCUCUGAUACAUCAAAAAAAACGUUGGGAAAAAAAGCUACAGACUUCUCAAGAAACAUACAAGACACCUCGACGAUAAAAGACAAGACUCGCCGAAGUAAAACACGACCAAACAAACAGUACCCACCAAGACAUCAGCAAACCAACUUGUUUAACGAAAUCACCGCAAGGCAAAGAACCACAUACCAGUUGAGACACAGCGAAAGAACUCAGGUCAAUCUGAGACAAGCCGAGGUUUAGAACUCAGGUGAGCAAAAUAUGUACGCGGCACUGACGGGCCCAAGUAGAAGUGAGGGGGGGGGUCAAAAUCUUCAAAUAAAUUAUUCUGCAUCUAAAUUGCUAAAGUUUCAGUAGCACAGUUGGUUUUCUUCAGUAUGUUGAUUGCUCCUAUCCCAAGUUCAAUUCCCAUUCUACAGCACAAGAGAGAGAGAGAGUCGAAGAACAGUGAAGAAAGAGUCGAAAGAACAAUGCUUGAGAUUCUCGGAACUUACAGGAAUCUCACACUUCAAAUCAUACUAUCUCUCUUCUUAUCCCUAAUUCUCUCAUUCGUCAAAAUCUCAAUCAUCUUCCUUCACGGUCUCUGUACCUACAUCCAACCUGAAAAUCUCAACCAAAACAACAACUCCGGAAACGGACUCCGACCCCCGAUUCGACGACCAUCUAACACCGAAGAUCCGAAGUCCAAUGUCGAAGUCAGGAGAAGAAACAGAUCCAAAGAUAAAUCCGAAUUCGACGAAAGCAACGCUCAGAUCUUUCGGAUUAAGCUCGACGAAGAUCACCUCAGAUCUCGAAUGUAUUUCACAGAGUACAAUUCGCUUUUCGUUUUAUCCUUUUUAACUGUUUCGUGCUUUCUUCUUAACCGUUACUUCGGUGUAGAGGAGGAGACUCAUGGAGUGUUAGGGAACGGUUUGGUGUUUCCGCUUGUUCUUGGGUUUGUAGCUUUGUGUAAAGUGUUAGUUGCUUUGGGGAAGAUCUCAAUCGAGAGAUCUGCUUCGAAGAAAUCUGAGAAGAAGCUGAGUUUGAUUUUUGGGGCUUUAGGGUUUGUGUUUGGGGUUAUCAUCAGUGCUGGUGUGUUCCCUAAAGGAUUUGAUUUUCAAUUGGGUUCUGUUGAUGCCUUCUCCUGUAUUGUGAUCUCGUUUUCGAUGGCUUGUAUCUGUGGGUUUCUUUAUAUGCCUGCUGGGAGAAGUGCAAGGUCGUUUUGGGUUGGAACUGAUCAGAUUAGGAGUAACUUGUCGAUUAUUUCUUGUGGUUGGUUUGGGAGGAUGGUUCUGUAUGCGAAUUAUAUCGUAUCUGUGUUCACUUCUUUGCUUUGGAUUCAUCCGUUAGCUGAGAUUUUAAUGAAGAGAACUGGAAGUGGAAGUAGUCAGACUGGGUUGGUUGGUAAUGUUGGCUUGUCGAGUGAUGAUUUUGUUGAGUUUCGGGUGUUGUGUUUGUUACUGUCGGGUUUGCUUAUUACACUUUGGGGAAGAUGAUGACGUACUAGCUAGUGAAAAUAAACAAUGAUGAAUCCUAAAUUUCGGUUUGGUUAUUCGGUUCCGGUUAAUAAGCCUAUGCGGCUAUGCCUGAUGAUAUAUUUUUUCCAUCAUAUACGUUACCUUUGGUAAGUUCCAUAUCAAGAUCGUAAUUAUGUUUUUUUGAUCGGAAAGAUCGU